AUGGAAAUUACAUAUAUUUCUAAAAUUAUUACCAGAAUGAACCUUGCUGAAUAUACAGAAGGAGCAACCUUUGAAGUUGCCUCUGAAUGAUCUCAACGCUUUGAGGAACAUAAGACUAACACUGGAGAGAAGAAAUUCUUGGUUUCUCUAGGAGAUCUUAAGAGACUUCUCCUCUUUUCUGGUUUGCUCUAUGCCCUUUUGGUAUUAAAGCAGCUCAAAAUCAACUUUAUGGGGUCUAUUUCGAGAAUAACAGGAAAAUUUGCUAAUUUGAGAGUUCCAAAAUUCAUCCUUGUACCGCUUCUGAAGAUUUAUUGAGCAAUAUAUGGAGUCAAUCUGGAGGAGCCUGAAAUUCACAGACUGAGAGAUUUCAGCUCGUUUAAUGCCUUCUUUACCAGAAAACUUAAGAAAGGGAUCAGACUGAUAGAGAAUCCGGACGACCAAGAUAGUGUUUGUUCUCCAUGAGACGGCACUGUAUAUAACUUUGGAACCUGCGAAAAGGAUACUUUCGUUGUUGUAAAGAACACUCCUUAUAGAAUGGAUGAGUUCCUCUUUGGAGAUCAACCAGACUCAACUAGACGUUUCGAGAAUAUCUCAGAAAAGGUGAAACAGAGAGGAAACAGUCUUAAAUUUGUCCUCUUUUACUUAAGUCCUGCAGAUUAUCACCGCUAUCAUUCCGCAGCAAUGUGGACUACUAACUUCAGGCGCCACAUUGCUGGACGCCUCAUGCCCGUAAAGCCUGCUUAUGUAGCUAAUCAUCCAAAUGUUUUCAAGGAGAACGAAAGAGUCUCUCUUUGUGGAGAAUGGGCGAAUGGAUUCUUUUCCACUACAUUUAUUGGAGCUCUAAAUGUUGGUUCUAUUGCCAUAAACUUCGACAAAGGCGUGGUCACUAACACGAUGUACCAUCAAGGAAAUAAAGUCGCUGAUAAGAUCUACACAGGAUCCGAAUCUAGUGAGAUUUCUUACAGUCUUGAAAAGGUUAAUGAAAUGUCAAAGUUAACAAAUGAUGUCAUUACCAAAAAUCCAGAUUCAGGAAUUGCUACCAGUAAAACUCUCUUCGACAAAGACCAAGAUAUAUUGGAAGCUAGUGAGUCUACUUCGUCUAGUGAUGAAGGCUCUACUCUUAACGAAGAUCUGACAAAUUCUUCGGGACAAGGGAAAGAAGAUUUUGGGUAUUUUAAAUCACACUUCAAUCAACCAACAAUACUAGAUGUUCUCCGGGCUGAGAAUUGUGAGUAUGAAAUCUCCCAGAAAGGGUUCCAUCUUGAGAAAGGACAAGAGAUUGGCUACUUUAAUCUUGGAUCCAGCAUCAUGCUCAUCUUUGAGGCUCCUGAAGAGUCAGAGUUUGAUUUACAAAUAGGCCAAAAAGUCAAGGUGGGGAAUACUAUCCUUGAAGUUAACAAAUUCGAAUAGCCAAUCAUAAUUAGAUCGAUUCAACAGACUUUUAGCA